AUGUCAGAAGCCGAAUCUAAUACUACAAAUGCUUAUGAUAACGUUCCACCAGAUAUUGUGCAAACGGCUUUACCAUUCCUAUCCCUAGAAGAUAUCAAGAAUCUGUCGCAUACAAACAAGUACUUCCAUAAACUGUUGAACUACGAGUCUUCCGAAACUCUAUGGCACGAUCUUUUCCACAAGGCUUACGGAAGACCUUAUAGUAAUGAUGAACCUUUUCAAACGAAAGAUUCAGGAGAACUUAGAACAUGUGGUGAAGUUAUUAUGCUUCAGGAUUUCUCGUCGUUGAGCUGGCAAGAACGUUUUAAAGUUCGCACUGAACAGGUAAAACUUUAUACUUGGGGCUGUCUCAAGCAUGGAAGACUUGGUUACACUGCCAACUCUAAUAGUCAUCUUUCGAGCAAUAAUCUAAAUAGCGUUGGGAUGAGAAUAAAAUAUGGGGUCAACAGUCCCACUAUGGUACCUUGGUUUGAGGAAAGCAACUCUACCGAUGAAAGUGCAAUAGUACAGGUGUCCAGUGGUGGAUUUGCGUUUCAGAUUCUGACAAGAUCUGGCAAGUUGUACACAACAGGCUCGAGUUUUUCCGGUGGUCAUAAUGGACCUGGUCCCAAAGAGGGAGAACAUGACUACAACCCUUUCAGAGAGGCAGUACAUGAUUUGGAGACCUCUUUCUCGAGAUAUAGAAGUAUUGGCAUUACUCCAGGUACUUUUGGUGUAAUACCCUAUGGAGGAACAAUGCAUCAUGGUCCCACUCCAACGGUAGGUCCUCAUCCAAACAUCUAUCAGGACUUGGAGGAUAUGGAAAAGAACGCUGCCCAAACCAUUCCGGGAAAUAGUUACAUCAGGAGGGUCUUCACUCGAAACUGUUUCGAUAUUUUUAUUUCAGAUUCUCAUUCUUUUAAGGUUGAUAAGGAAAAAUUAGAUUCGAUAAAGUUUGUGGCAGUAUCAUCUGGUAGAAGUCAUUUCCUGGCCCUAGACGAAAAUAAUAACCUUUAUUCAUGGGACUCGCCCGAUUCUGAUUAUGGUGUGAGGUUGAGUUUCAAAGGACUUCCAUCUAUUGAUACAAAUCCAAUCUGGAAAAUUGGGUCUGGAUGGGACCUCAAUUGCAUUUAUGUAUAUAAGGUGGGAUUGAUAGUCUGGAAUAAGCGUGAUGCGUUGAAGAAGGGAGAACUUGCAUCCGAUGUUCACUAUACGAUAAUACCAAAUACUUCCGAUAUAAGUGGGCCUGGUAGAGUGGUGGAUUUCGCAUGCUGUCAAGGCGAUUGUGUCUUUUUUAUCACAAACGACAGAAAGAUCUUGUGGGUCUAUUCCAAUGGAAUAGUGCAGCAAUUGAGAAUUCCCGUCGAAGGAGAAUAUGUUAAAGUUACUGUGUGUUUCACGAUACUAGCCUUAUUCACCAACGAAAAGUGCUAUACAAUCAAGAUUAAAAAUAGUAAGUUAGAUAUGAGUUCGUUGACUGAACUGCAGUUAGAAGAGUCAGAGGACCGCAUAAUAUCUUUGGCGACUGGCGACUAUCAUACUGUUGCAUUAACAAGCAAGGGUCAGAUUUAUACUUGGGGAUUAGAAAGCCAAUUAUGUGGUUGUCUAGGAUUGGGCUCCCCCGAGAGUGUCAUCGAAGAGGAACACCAUGGGAGGUGGGAUAGCAUAAGAAACAUGAGGGUUGAGCAACCUACCAAAGUAAAACUUAACGAUGAAUACACAUGCGUGGCUGUCUGCGCCGGUGGUUGGCAAUCUGGAGCUCUAAUAAUGAAAAGGUAA